AUGUGGAAAAUUACGCUGUUUGCGGUCUUGUGUCUCCUUAAUUUGUGGGAAAUAGAAGCUGAAACUAGCCGCGAAUACUGCAACAGUUUGUAUCAAGAUUGCCUAAGAUUUACGACCAGGUUGGGCCGAUAUGAUGAGACUAUAGAUUCCUUUAAUCGGCAUUGUCGGAGGGAGCGUCUAGGAAGAUGGAAUGAUGUGUCGCGAUGUGAAAUGGAAAAGGCCACCUGUCUGUUGAUUUUGCAGCGUUGUGAUGACAUGUCUUGCAGGAAUAUUGCCGAAGCACUUGGCUUAUAA